CUUCUUUUGAUUUCUUUUCUAUAUAUUAUAUUUAUUGUUUUUUUUUUUAUAUACCAAAGAAAAAUAUGAACAACAAAACGAUGAAUACAACGGUGACAACACUCUUCUCACAACUCAAAGCUUACGUAGUCAAGUCAUAUGCAACUUCAACUAAACCUGCUACGGUUGAAGCUAAGCACCCUGAAGUAUUAGUUUUCCGAAAUUAUACACCUCUUGACUUAUUACCUUUUGAUGGACAUGAUGCUUCUCGUGGAUUGGCUAAACACUCUUUUGAUAGUGAUAUGGUAUGUGAUCCCAAUGGACCUAUAGAUAAGUUAGAAGACCUUACUGCUGAAGAAUGGGAAGCCUUACGCGAAUGGGAACAACAUUUUGCAACAAAGUAUUUAUUAGUGGUCUCUAUGGAUGAUAUUAAUUGUUCAACAUCACCUUUUCAACGAAUACCUGACGAACUACAAAUCAAAAUUCUUAGUUAUUUGGAUGUACAAUCUCUUUUAAAAGUGACUGGGGUAUGUCAAAAAUGGUAUACUUUAGUUCACGAAGGUAGUUUAUGGCAAACGAUUGAUAUCACUCCUUUUUACAAAACUAUACCAGCCGAUCAAUUGUUGAAACUCGGAAUAGCAGCCGGUAAUUUUUUAAAGAUUGCAAACUUUAGAGGAUGCAUUCAGCUGACGGGACAUAUGUUACGUGUAUUGGCUGAUUAUUGUAGCAAUAUUCAAGCAUUAUAUUUAAAAGAUUGUCGUGGAUUAUCAACACCUAGUAUAUCUUUUUUUUUACAAAGAGUGACUCGACUUACUUUAUUGGAUCUCUCUGGUUUAGAAACAGUCAAGAAUUCAACUCUUCAAAUCAUAGGUCAAUCACUUCCUCUUUUGGAGAAACUUAAUUUAUCAUGGUGUAGAAAUAUUACUGGUCAAGGUAUACAACAGUUAGUGGACAAUGGUGGCAAAUGUCAUUCUUUACAAGUACUCAAACUUAAUGGUUGUGCUAUGAUGGAUGAAGAUACAAUGCGAAUUCUAGCUUAUCAUCUUCCUAGACUCCGACAACUCUCUUUGGCCUCUUGUAUUAGUUUGACGGAUACUGCCCUUUCUUAUUUUUUUCUUCCUUCUUCCGCUCCUUUUUUGUCUCAUCUCAAUGUAUCCAACUGUUCGAGACUUACCGAUCGAUCCUUACGUCACUUUGUCUUGCCUGGUAGUUUAACUCAUUUGGAAUUGGCUGGUUGUACUUCUAUGACCGAUGCUGGUUUUCUCUUUUUGUCUCCCAGACUGCAAACAUUGAUCCAUCUUGACUUGGAAGAUAUUCUUCAUAUUACUGAUGAUACUGUCAAGGCAUUGGCAAGGCAUCAACCUCUUCUUCAACAUCUUUGUUUAUCCAAUUGUGCUAAUAUCGAUGAUGAAGCUAUUCUUUUUUUGGUCAUCCAUGGUGUUUGUCGACAACUGAAUCAUUUGGAACUGGACGGAUGUGCGAUUACAGAUCAUUGUUUGAAUACCAUAGCCACUCAUCUUUUGGAACUACAUGAACAACAACAAAAGAAAGUACAAACAUCCUCUUUACUCGACAGCAAGUAUAGCGACAAGGAUGACGAUAAAGUGGAUAAUUAUCAACGACGGGUAUUGACCAUUGAAGUAUUGGAUUGUGGCAAUGUAUCAGAAUUAGGAGUGAGAACUGCAUUGGUCAAGGCUCCAUCUCUCUUGAACAUCAAAAGCUUUUAUUCUUGGCGAGAUGAACAACGAUACAACAACGAUUCUAUGGACAAUACCGAUCAGUACUUGGAUACAAGAAGGUUACAUUCCUCCAUUGGUCGAUUACGAGGUGAUGAUGAUACUGGACGCCGACAAUUUGCUGCUGGUCAGUCUCAUUCUUCUGGUUGUGUCAUUUUGUAA